AUGGCAGCAGCAGCAGCAGCAGCAGCAGCAACAGCACCCAUCCUCCUCCUCCGCGCCCCGAGCAUCUAUCCUCCGCACGACGACGACGACGGCGGCGACGGUAAGGGUAAGGGUAAGGGUAAGGGUAGUCGAAGCCCAUGGCGCGCGCCACCGCUCGCCUGGCUCGAGCGCACGUGGAGCGUCACGCACUCGACGCUACCGAUGUGGGCGAAGGCGCGGAACGUGCGGAUCACGUAUAAGCUGUUGUCGUCCCCGUCACCGCCUUCUUCUGGAGCUGGAGCUGGAGGGAGGACGUUGAUCGACGACGAGGUGUGCUCGGAGCCGCUUGAGUCGGGCUGGGUGACGGCGGUGAUGCAGCCGCGGUGUAUCCGGGGGGUGGAUACGCCGGUUCCUGGGCUCGAGGGGGGUUGGAGGUGGAGGGGACGGGGGUGGUUGAGGGUUGCUAGUAGUCAUUGGGAGAUUCUCGGUUGGGGCGAGAGCGAUCUUGACGGGGUGCAUGAGAAGUGGGUGGUUACGUGGUUCAAGGCCAGCUUGUUCACGCCGAUGGGGGUCGACGUUUACUCGGAUCGGAAGGAGGGCAUUAGCGAGGGCUUGUACGGGAAGAUACGGGAGGCCUUGGAGGGGGGUCUGGCCGGGACGGAAGUCGCGGAGCUUUGCAAGGGGAUGUUUGCCGUUGAGAUCAAGUACUAG